GGGAGCUCGGUAAUUAUGAAUUAAUGAGGCUGCUAGUAGCUGGUAGUUGCAAAUAAUGGCUGAGUACCGAUCAGGAUCUUAUUGCGUGUCGUCAGGAGUGGGUAGUGAUUCCGAAGUCAUGGCAGAAUUAGCGGCACUCCUGCGACAUGAGAUUCCUGAGGGUAGGAACAAUCUGGCUGACAGCCACACGAAUCUGGAGAGAGUGGCAGAAUAUUGCGAAGCCAAUUAUUUCCAAGCAGAAAACAAGAGAAUUGCAUUGGAGGAAACGAAGAAUUAUACCACACAGUCCUUAGCCAGCGUUGCAUAUCAAAUAAACACGCUGGCGUAUAAUUUUCUUCAACUACUGGACCUACAGACGUCCCAGCUCGCUGAGAUGGAAAGUCAAAUGAAUCACAUCGCACAGACAGUUAUGAUUCACAAGGAAAAGGUAGCCAGAAGGGAAAUAGGCGUCUUGACAGCCAACAAGAUGACAACUCGCCAGUACAAAAUCAUCGCUCCUGCCAAUCCUGAGAAACCCAUUAAGUAUGUCAGGAAGAGCAUUGAUUAUACAAUUUUAGAUGAAAUUGGACAUGGUGUACGUAGCUGCGGUACACCGCGAAGCAAACAGAGAGGAGGUAGUCAAGGCAGCGUUCAGAGUUUAGGAGCUACUUCUACAGGUUCAGGAUUAGGUGCUGCGAUGGUAGGACCUGCUCCUACCACCAAACCACCCACACCACCUCAAACAGUGAGAACUGGAACAUUGAGUAAAGGAUCGCGCGAAUAUAGGACUCCGCCAGCAGUAGCUCCACCUCAAGUUCCUAGCCAUUACGCGCCCAACUAUCCGCUUGGUCAUCCCAGGCGAGAUCGCCCAGGAUAUAGCACUCUACCAUUGCAUGCUCAUAACACGUCCCACACAAGUCAUAAUACCAAUCAUAACGCGCAUGCCAAUACCAUCAAUCAGCACACUAUGCCGCAAGUGGGAACGGUUCAUCCCUUGCAGAAUCAUCCUCAAACGCCACCUCCAGCACCGCCCAGCGUUACCGCGGGUUAUGUGCAGGAGCAGCAUAACAGUAUGCCUCCUCCACCUUCGCCUUUGGUUGGGCUAGGCGAUAUGUCUGAAUAUACCGGCCAUCACACCUUGCCACACAGAUUAUCGCAUCAAAUUAGCCGUGGUAGCGGUGCAAAUAGUCCACCUUUACCACCGCCACCACCACCAGAGCAGGAGGAACAUCCACAAUUUGGCAGACCAACCCCAUCUGGUGCUAUAAUGCCAAUAGUGCCGGAUGAGGAAGACCUGCCCGGAUGGGUGCCAAAGAAUUAUAUUGAAAAAGUGGUGGCUAUUUAUGAUUAUUACGCGGAUAAAGAAGACGAAUUAAGCUUUCAAGAGAGUUCUGUGAUCUACGUACUCAAGAAAAAUGAUGAUGGAUGGUGGGAGGGGGUAAUGGACGGUAUAACUGGAUUGUUCCCAGGAAAUUACGUUGAACCAUGCGUAUAACUACAUGCAAUAAUUGGCUAUAUCAAAAUAACUAACGGAAGACUGCAAUUUUUAAGCAUUUAUCAUACAUGUACGUAUUAUUAAUCGCAUUUAUAUUAAUCACUAAUAUCUUGAUUGUAAAUGAAAAUUAUUCUUUAUCUCACUUUUCGUUCAAAUUUGUAUAAUCAUAAGAUUGUAUAAAAAAUGAUCGAGGCUCAUAAACAUGAAAGACAUGAUUUUUGUCUUAUAGAUAUUAUUUUAUAAUUUAUUGAUAAAUAAAAAAAGUUUAAGCCAUGUAUUAUAACAGUAAUGUGAGUGAUAGCAUAUAUACGUGCGUUAAUCAACAAUAAUCUGCAAGGGAUGCAGUGGACGGUGCAGAGAUUGAAAUAUCACAAACUUCCUUCAUAUAUCAUUAUAGAUUACAUUCUCUAUUUAGAACCCAGAUAACAUUUAUGUUGCGUAAGAUAUCUAAAAAACUCUUUUAGAUAUCUUAUGUUUAAAAAAUAUCUAAAAAUAUCUUGAAUAUCUUACGCAUGUUAUCUAGGAAUAUUCUCUUCUAAUUUUAGCCUAAUUUAUAAUGUGCUUUUUGUUUCCUGUUUUUUGCUUUUUACAUCUUGCCUUUUUCUUUGCGAACUGUUUUGAUCAACAAAUAAUGAUAAGAUGUUUCUUGUUUCUUUCGAAAUUUAAAUAACUUUAUCUAUUUCGACCCGGAAAAUGAAGAUAUAGGAGGCAGAAAGGAAAAAGAUAAAAAACGAAAAACAAGAAACAAAGCACAGAUUAGGCUUUAUUUUGUUCUCAAUGUACAAGAUAUCUUGCCGUAUUUACAAUCGUGCAAAAUGCCGAAUGAUAAAUAGCCGUUGCAAUGUUAUGUUACAUGUAAGAUAAAAGUGUGUACGGUAUUUGAUCAUCGAAAAAAAAAUUCAGUCGAGCGAGUUCUGAAUCAAACAUUAAAAAGUUAAUUUUUAUAUUAAUGUAAAAAAAUGUAUUUUUCUGCAUCUAGUAUUUCCUUGAGUAGAUAUUGAAUUAUAUAUACUAUAUAUAGCAA